CGCCCCCACGCGUUCAAGGAAGUGCGCAUCGACCGCAUCGACGAGUUCGGCCGCGUGAUGACGCCCAAGGAGGCGUUCCGCAAGCUGUCACACGCGUUCCACGGGAAGGGGCCGGGCAAGAUGAAGCAGGAGAAGCGCAUGCGGGCUUAUGAGGAGGACCUCAAGCGCAAGGGCAUGGCGGCGGGCGACACGCCCAUGCACUCCGUGGAGCGCCUCCGGGAGGUGCAGGCGCAGACGCAGUCGCCCUAUGUGGUCAUCACAGGACAUGUGAAGCCGGGGCAGAUCUCGGACCCGGCCAACUCGUUUGCAACGAUGGAGAGGGAGAGGGAGGUGGUGGGCAGCCUCACGCCCAUGCUGGGCGACGCCAAGCUGCAUGCUCCACUCAUCACGGCGGUGGGGGGAGGGCCAAGGGCGAGAGGUGCAAGCGACCUUCCCACCCACCUUGUCGAGGGUGGAGCAGUAUCUGGGCAUCAGCAAGCCCCCUCCGCCCUCCACUCCCGCCUCGUCCCGCACGCCCAUGGGCCCUCCACGCGCCAAGCAACCCCGCCACUGAUGCCCCUCAUGCCCAUCGUGCCACUGAUGCCGCUCAUGCCCAUCGUGCCACUGAUGCCCCUCAUGCCCAUCGUGCCACUGAUGCCCCUCAUGCCCAUCGUGCCACUGAUGCCCCUCAUGCCCAUCGUGCCACUGAUGCCCCUCAUGCCCAUCGUGCCACUGAUGCCCCUCAUGCCCAUCGUGCCACUGAUGCCCCUCAUGCCCAUCGUGCCACUGAUGCCCCUCAUGCCCAUCGUGCCAGUGCUAUUCUGCCACCCAUGCGCGUUGUGCGUUCUGCUCGAUGAGAACGAGGCAGUGCGAGCAGAGGCGCAGCGCGCGGGCGAAAUCGCCCUCGUCGAUGCAUGCGUCCAUGCGCCCCCGCACGUCCACCACCUGCUGCAUGCGCAUCAGUACUGGCAGCAUGCUCUGCCCGCCCAUCUGCCCUUCCAUCCCUCCAUUGCAUCUGCCUUUCCCUCCCCCAUUGCAUCUGCCUUUCCCUCCCCCAUUGCACCUGCCUUUCCCUCCCCCAUUGCACCUGCCUUUCCCUCCCCCAUUGCACCUGCCUUUCCCUCCCCCAUUGCACCUGCCUUUCCCUCCCCCAUGGCACCUGCCUUUCCCUCCCCCAUUCCACCUGCCUUUCCCUCCCCCAUUGCACCUGCCUUUCCCUCCCCCAUUGCACCUGCCUUUCCCUCCCCCAUGGCACCUGCCUUUCCCUCCCCCAUUGCACCUGCCUUUCCCUCCCCCAUUGCACCUGCCUUCCCUCCCCCAUUGCACCUGCCUUUCCCUCCCCCAUUGCACCUGCCUUUCCCUCCCCCAUCGCACCUGCCAUCCCCCCCUCCAACCCACCUGCCAUCCCCCCUCUAUCGACCCUCUCCUCCCCCUUUCUAUCGCACCUGA